AUGGCCCAAAAACCCAAGAAACCUUUCGGUUUCUGGCCACCUAUCCUCGGAGGUGGCUACCUUGGUUGUCCCGACGGCGGCAAAGAAGAGGAUGUUAGAUUGGGAGCCAACAAGUUUUUAGAGAGGCAACCUAUUGAAACUGCAGCUCAGACCCAAGAUGAUAGAAAAACCUACACCGAAACAGUAGCAACGUCAUUUUAUGAUCCUUACGAGUUGACCUCUUGGAAACAAAUAGGUGUUCAACUGUGGGAUUUGAAGGCAUCGCUUGGGAUUUUGGUGGCACCAUCUUCUACGGUGACGGUGGUGGAUAGGCGAUCACAUCAACCUGGCGGUGACAUUUGGGCUGUUCUUGGCAAGGAAACUAACCAUGACAACUGUAGUUUUCUACAUGGUGAUGCAAUACUUGGGAGCCGUAUGCAGUACUGGUGCGGUUAA